AGCCACAGUUAUACGUGUUGCUUUAAGUCCCAGUGGAUGGAGUUUACUCUGACAAACACCAGCAGCAAACUGGAGAGAACCUGCAGCAACUGAAAAGGGGAAACAAAAGGGACAGUUUUCCAAAGAGGCGUGAGCUGAUCGGAAGCUGUGGAUGAGAUCACACUGGCAAAAGGUUACUCGAUCUCCAGGAGGGCGAAAAGAGGAAUUUAAGUCAACAACAACAGAAACAAAGCGUUAGUCCUGUGCUGUAAAUGGGCACAGUGAAGAUCUCGUAAAGGACAAGUGAUUUUUAGACCACCCCGUGUCCUCUCCCUGGAUAUUCCUUGACCUUAAAAAAAGCGCGCAGAGAGAUGGAUGUGGCGGCUGAUCAGCCCCGCUGGAUGCACCACCACGCCGUGCUGAACGGACAACACCCGGACUCUCACCACCCCGGCCUGGGGCACAACUACAUGGAGCCCACCGCGCAGCUUCUGCCUCCGGACGAGGUGGAUGUUUUCUUUAAUCACCUGGACUCCCAGGGAAACCCGUACUACCACAACUCUGCCAGGGCCAGGGUGUCCUACAGCCAGGCGCACGCUCGUCUGACGGGGACUCAGGUAUGCCGGCCUCAUCUCAUCCACAGCCCGGGGAUUUCAUGGCUGGACGGAGGGAAAGCAGCCCUGUCGGCCCACCACCACCACAACGCCUGGGCCGUCAGCCCCUUCAGCAAGCCCAGCCUGCACCACCACGGCUCCGCGUCCCCCGGCGGCCUCUCCGCAGUCUACCCGUGCAGCAGCAACUCGAACACGGUCUCCGCGUCCUCUUUAACGCCGCCGUCCCACUCCAGCCCCCAUCUGUACACUUUCCCCCCUACACCACCAAAGGACGUAUCGCCGGACCCGGGGGCCGCGUCCCCCUCCGCCACCAGAAUGGACGAGAAGGAAUCUAUCAAAUACCAAGUGUCGUUAACGGAGGGGAUGAAGAUGGAGGGCUCCAGUCCUCUGAGGAGCAGUCUGGCCUCCAUGAGCGCUCAGACCCCCUCCACCCACCAUCCCAUACCGACGUAUCCCACCUACUCUCUCCCAGCGGCGCAUGAGUACGGCAGCAGCCUGUUUCACCCCAGCAGCCUGCUGGGAGCAUCAUCCAGCUUCACGCACAAGAACAAAGGCAAGACACGUUCCUGCACCGAGGGCCGUGAGUGCGUAAACUGUGGAGCCACGUCCACACCUCUGUGGAGACGCGACAGCACCGGACACUACCUGUGCAACGCCUGCGGGCUGUACCACAAGAUGAACGGCCAGAACAGACCACUCAUCAAACCCAAACGCAGGCUGUCUGCUGCCAGACGAGCAGGCACCUGUUGUGCUAACUGUCAGACGACCACCACUACGCUCUGGCGACGCAAUGCAAACGGAGACCCAGUGUGCAACGCCUGCGGCCUCUACUUUAAAUUGCAUAACGUGAACCGACCACUGACCAUGAAAAAGGAGGGAAUACAGACACGCAACCGGAAAAUGUCCAAUAAAUCCAAAAAGAGCAAGCGGUGCAGCGAUAGCUACGAGGAAUUUUCCAAAAGCAUGCACGACAAGAGCUCUCCAUUCAGCACCGCCUCCCUGGCUGGACACAUGUCCAUGAGCCACUUGCCACCUUUCAGCCACGCUGGACACAUGCUUCCCACGCCCACACCGAUACACCCUUCCUUUGGGCACCCGCACCACUCCAACAUGGUGACGGCAAUGGGCUGAGAGGGUGAGGAGAGGGGUCAACAUAUAGGAACGCUGGGGGAACCUGAGAUGGUUGUAUGAGCAGGAAUGAGGGUCUCACUAGAGGACAGUGUGUACUAUGUUACAGACACAGUUUGUGGCGUCUUGGUCUUUGAUUGUCUCUUGACCGAUUACGCCAACUGUAUGCUGAAGAACAUAUGUAUCACAGGAGCAAAGGACGUUGUUUACUCCUUAUCUAUAGGUACCUACUUUGAUGGGGGGAGAUAUUCUGCUUCCUGUCGGCCAGGCACAUGCAUGUAAACAUGAAAAUGUCAUUGCACCUCAUAAUUUUAUCCCCACUGACUGCCUGACCGACUGCAGUGUGGUUCAGUAUAUGCCGAACAGGUUUAUAGUAACUGUGAAUAUUGUAUAUAUGUGAGACUGAAGGGGACGUCCCAGACAGAGUAAUCCCCUUUGCAACAUUACAUGAAAGUAUGCUGGAUUUUUUUUUUUUUUUUUAAUGGACAAUUUUAAAGGAAUUUUCACAAAAGAAACAAGCAAACAAAAAAGGUCUAUGAAUCCUAAUUUGACACUGUUUAUUAUAAUUAUUAUUGUUAUUAUAAUUAUUAUUAUUGUUAUUCAGAUAAUUUAUUUUCACUGCCUUGUCUUCUUUAACUGUAUCGCCUGAAUCAUAAUAUGGAUACUGUUUAUCCCAGUUAUGAAUAUAUUUUUAGCCGAAGCGCUUUCUCUGAGCUGGUCAACAUUUAUACUCAAAAGAAAUAAAGAGAUCAAGUUCA